AUGAGGCGGGCGAGGCGGGCCGCGCCGGGCCCCCUGCCCCUUCUGGGGCUGCUGCUCCUGGGCGCCCUGCCGGGGCUUUGGACGGUGCUGCUGCGACGGGAAGCGGCGGCGCAGCUAGAGCCGGAGCCGCUCCCGCCCUCGGAGCCCCCCGCGGGGCGGUGGGGCUGGGGAGGCUCCCCGGCGGCGCGGGGCGAGUCCGGUGGCGGCGGCCAGAAAACUUUCCGGACGCUACUGGCGAUGCCGGAGGCGGCGACGGGCCAGGAGGAGCGGGGCGGCGAAGAGCGGUUCGCCGUGACCGGCUCGCUGCCGCCGGCCGAUACCGCCUCCCCGGUGGAGCGGGGCAUCUUCUGGAGCCGUGAGCUGGAAGAGCAGGUGCCGCCGGGCUUCGCGGCGGAGGAGGCGGCGGCGUGGCUCUCGGCCGCCCGCGCCGCCCGCGUGUCCUCGCUGGAGCGGGGCGGCUGCGGGCGCAGCUCCAACCGGCUGGCGCGGCUGUCGGACGGGAGCCGCGCCUGCGUCCGCUACGGCAUCAACCCGGAGCAGAUCCAGGGCGAGGCGCUCUCGUACCACCUGGCCGGGGUGCUGGGCAUGCAGGAGCGACUGCCGCCCAUGGCCCUCGCCCUGGUGGAGGCCCGCGGGCGGCAGUGGGAGCCGGUGCGGGAGGAGCUGCGCGGCUCACAUUGGGCCGAGGGCGCCGUGGUCAGCCUGACCCGCUGGGUGGACAAUCUCACCGCCGUGGUGGCACCCGCGCCCUGGAGCGCCGAGGCGGGCGCCGGUCGGCGGCUGCAGCCGCUGUCGGCGGGAGAGCUGGGCGGGCUGCCGCCGUCGCAGCUGGUGGAGUUGGUGCAGUGGAGCGAUCUGAUCCUCUUCGACUACCUGACGGCCAACUUCGACCGCCUGGUCAGCAACCUCUUCAGCCUGCAGUGGGAUCCCCGGGUGAUGCGCCGUGCCACUAGCAACCUGCUCCGUGCCCCCGACGGCGGGCUCGUCUUCAUGGACAACGAGGCGGGUCUGGUGCACGGCUACCGCCUCCUCGCCAUGUGGGACCCCUACAACGAGCCGCUGCUCCGCUCCGUGUGCGUGUUCCGCGAGGGCACGGCCCGCCGCGUCGCGGAGCUGCACCGCCGCCGCAGCGCCGCCGCCGAGCUGCGCCGCCGGUACCGGGCGCGGGAGCCGCUCUGGGCGCGCCUCGGCUUCCUCUCGGAGCGCCAGGCAGAGCUGCUGCAGGCCCGCGUCGACUUCGUGCACCGCCACAUCGCCCACUGCCGCGCACAGGCCGCCGUGCUCUGAUGGCCCCGGGCCGGGCGGAGGCUGGCGCCGACAGCUCCAGCUUUCCUCUCCUUUAAGGCAGCGGGACUUGCCCCGGCAGCUGCCGAAGGCAGGAGCUGACCCAGCGUGCCACCCCGGUGCUCGGUGCCCCGUAAUCGCUGCGACUGCCGGGGAUGGGGGGUGCGGAGGAUGGGAACGGCCGCCGGGAGCGGCGGGCAUCGCGGGCAACUUGUCUGCCGGGGCUGUCGAGAGGAGCGAUUAACUCCCGUUUGUCAAGAUCUCUGAAGAUGCGGAGCGCAAUCGGUAUAAUUAUGGCCGAGUUUCAUUCCAGGACUCUGCCCCCAGAGUUUGAAAAACAUGAGAGGUUCAGCAUCUUUAGUGCUUUCCUUAAUUUUCUGGGUGCACUUGCCCUCGUAAGAAACCCCAUAGGAAAACUGUUGUCUUUGUCUGGAUUGAGGUCGAGUACCUCUUCCAAAGGACGCAGGUGGAAACAUUUUUUAUAUAUUCUUUCUUUUACAAUGGCAUAUUUAAGUAUAAAUGUUGAUAUUGAUAGACCAAGAACUGAUUGCACAAUAGGGGAGCCCCUAACUAGCAAAACUGCCCUAUUUAUGAAACUUGUUUCCUACCGAUUAACGAAAGUGAACCUUUCCACUGAUUGUUAAAUCUUGUCGGUGAGAAGUGUAUAGGAAGCUGAUAUUCCCUUAGCUCUUAGUUUUUGUUGUGGUUGCAUCGGGUUAAACUGUUUUGAUUCUUAAGCAUUUGUUUGUAAUCAUCACCAUCAUCCUUCCAUCUGACCAGUAAAGUAACUGACUAAAUGGGUGGCACAAGAAGGUCUCCCAUUUUAAAAAAUACUAUGUGCUAAGACUUUGGCACGAUAGUUAAAGUGGACGAAAAACUGUUACAUGCACUUUACUUUGACUUUUUAAUAUUUUUUUUAUAGAAGAAGACCUUUUUAUUUUACAAAGUCUGCUUUUUAUGUACAUUAUAUAUGUUCAUAAGUUUUUCUGUAACUUACUAAAGAAACUGAUAUUUCAGUAAAGUGUGUUAAUGUUUUGCCUUUGGACUGAAUGUUUGCCUGAGCUUUGACAGGGAAGCAUGUGUCUCCUCAGCCUUCUUUGAUGGGUAGUGGAGGCCACCACCUUCCAGCUUCUCACUCCACUGAACUGAAUGAACUUUUACUUGUUCCCUCUGAGGCAAGGAGGGGGUAGAGUUAAGCUUUCAAACACUACUCUCCUCUGUCUCUCAUUCCUAGCUGUUGUGUCAUUGAAAGGGCAAAAGCUCUUUGAGUGGCUAAAGUAAUGUGAGUACUUCGGCUGAAUAGACAUUUGUCUGGUUUUUAAAACCUGAAAUGAACUGCCUUGCCUAGCCCUGAGAUAACUGUAGCAGUUAGUUUCAGCAAACUGAUAGAGCUUAUGUGGGCUAGCUGCCCUCAGCCUUUUUGGGUCCUGGGGCUGGAUACUAACCUCUCAGUUCAUGUGAUGUCAACUGUUACUGCACCAGAAGCAUCUCCAGAGAUGGUGAUUGUUUUCAGUGGGUGUUAUACUGCUUCUCAGUUUUUUCUUCCCAUUUUGGCUAUCUUUGCCAUGGGGGUUGAGGCCGAACUGAAGAACAGGAAACCUUUUCAGUCUUGCUGAAAUAGUUGGUGGAGUUUUUUUCCCCUACAAUAGUUCUGUUCUGGGUAGGGUGAAGCAGUAGCAGUGGGCAUACAAAAUAAAAUAUUUGUACCUCGUUUGCUUUUUUACAUGUACCAGUAUUCACAGAAGAGGCCAUUGUUCAGCUCAAAAUAACAGCCAGAAUAAGGACAAAGGAUAAACUAAUCCUUUCUAGACCCUAAAUACCAGUAUAUCUCCUGCUGUAAUCAAACAGCAGCAUAAUCUCUUCUACAUCUGGAUAGGCACCUCUUUUGAUGAAGGCAGCAGCGUUCUUGGUGGCUGCUGUUCAAGUAGGCACUGUCUUCAGUGUUGAGCACUAACCCUGCUAUGAACUCAAGGAGGGCUGAGCAUUCAUACCUGCAGGAGGUCUUCAGUCUAUUAAUAUUCAUUAUUUAGAUUAAACUUCACAUCAAAGACAAUUGUCUUUGUCCAUUACAGCAGGUUUUUUUUUUUUUUGUGGGUUGUUUUUUUAAUAGGACAAGACAAGACAAGAAAAACGCCCCCAAAAUUAAUGGUUGAUUAAUUAAAUACGUUAGAUAUUGCAUCUGUAUGUAUGCGUAUUUAUUUCAAAACGUCCCAGCAGCCUCCAAGACUAGCUUUCAUUCAGCUGCUUAACUGUCAAGGCUCUCUAUUGAACUUGUAUUUAUAGUUCACUGCAUUUAUCUGUACGAACAAUGCACAGAAUCCCAUGUGACAUUCCUUUGCCAUUUACAUGAUAAUACACAAUUUUAACUGUAAUUCUUAAUUCUUCUUUAGCAUUGCUUUGUAACUGAAAUACAGCAGUACUGUCGCAUUCACCUCAUGAAAAUGCAUUUAAAUAAUAAACUGCUGGCAUACAUUUU